UUUAUUAGUAGAACAUGACAGUAAAUCCCACCCACAAGCUUAAGUUUACUUCUCACAAACCCCUCUCACACUCACAAGCGACACUUAGACACAACAAAGCAGCUUCAGGAAAGAGGAGCAUCCUUACAUCUUUGACUCAUUGCAUCUCACAAUACCUGUUUCAGUAAUGUGGGCUAGGCUUGUUUUUUACCUCUUUCUGCCCAUUGUGCAGUCAUGCAGUAAAGGUAAACCGAAUGAAUGCGCAAAUGCAAACUUUGCUCCCGGAUCUAACCUUGCUGGUGAGGGAUAUGAUGUGACCAAGAUGCAGCGCAAAGGAGCCUUUGUUAUAAACACUGAAAUCUGGAUGCAAAAGGACAAAUCAUGCACUAUUUGUAAGAAUCCCUACAUGGAUGGGGAAAAGCAAAAGCUUCCAAUAUCAGUGGUGGACUGGAGACCCAGUCAAAAGUGCAGCAUUAAAAUAUCAAGUUCCCUUUUCCUGUCUAGCGAGGAACUGGUCAGCUCGAGCACAUCCUCAAUUGAGAACAACUGGGGUUUAAACUUGGGGAUAAAUGUUCAUCAAAAUGGAGGCUCAUUCAUUAUGGCUGGGACUAACUCCAAGCUUGCGGAGUACUCAAUGGAAAAGACCAAAAAGGACAAGUUCAAUUUCGCCAGUCAGAGUAUUUCUUGUGCAUUUUACAGCUACAGGGUCUCUCACAAGCCCGUGCUGCAUCCUGAGUUUAAGCGCUCUGUGAAGGAGCUUCCCAAGGAAUACAAUAUUGAUUUCAAACAGCGCUUCUACAAGUUCAUUAACACCUAUGGAACCCAUUAUAUUACUAAAGUAACUCUUGGAGGAAGUGUACACUCUGUGACCAGUAUCAAACAGUGUGAGACCACUCUACAGGGCUUAAGUGCAGAAGAGGUUAAGAUAUGCUUGGAUGUGGAGGCAAAUGCCAGUGUUCUUGGCAAAGCUGACAUGAAAGCAGAAAUGAAGCACUGUAAUGAUGACAAGGACAAAACAGAGAGCAAGAGCAGUUUCUCUAGCCGUUUUAAUGACAGGCUGACAGAGGUCACUGGUGGUCACACUACAGAGACUGAGCUUCUUUUCUCCGGAGGUAAAGACCCAUCAGCCUACAAGGAAUGGCUCAAUUCUCUGCCACAGAACCCAGAUGUGAUUUCUUAUUCUCUGGAGUCUCUGCAUGAGUUAAUCCCCACCAAAAAUCCACUGCGCAAGUACUUGCGGAAAGCCAUUCAUGACUAUAUUCUGGAAAAAUCACUAUGGAGGAACUGCUCUGAACCUUGCAAGGCCGGCAUUAAAACAAACCUAAAAGACCCUUGUGUCUGCAGCUGUCACAACAAACCUGAGAUUACACCAGACUGCUGUCCAUCUAAGCAUGGACUUGCCCAGGUCAGGGUCACAAUUGUGAGUGCAGAAGGUUUGUGGGGUGACCACACCUCAGAAACCGAUGCGUAUGUCAAAGUGUUUGACAAAAACGAUCAGCAGGUCGCACGCACUGACGUGAUCCAGAAUGACAACUCACCCCGCUGGGUGAGAACCUUUGAUCUGGGUGAUGUUGUGCUGGCUGAAAAUGACAAACUGAGAAUGGAGGUGUGGGAUGAAGAUAGUAAAUGGGAUGAUGACCUGCUGGGAAAGUGUGAAGUACCAAUAACAGCAGGUCAGACUGAUAAUUUCUGCAAUUUGAAUCAUGGUGUGCUGUUCUAUAAAACUGAAGUGACAUGUGGCCCAAGUUUGUCUGGCCCCUAUUGUGCAAAGUAUGUGGGUUCUCCCAUGAACUUCCACUUGGAAAAGGUUUAUGUGUCACGAAAUGCCCGUCCUGUGCCAGCAGAGAUGCUAUUGAACAAAGGAGUGCUUUUAGAUAAAUUGUACAUAUAUCAGAAGACAAAUCACAGUGCUAAAUCUAUUUUGUACUAAGUAGAGUUUUGGUUAAAUCUGGGUGCCUUGGUUUGUAUAUGAUAAUGCGACCAGAAUUCUUUUUCUACCUUAAGAACAAAGUUCGUAAGAAUGUUCUAGGCGCUAUAUUCCAACAAUCUUGUGUACCUUUAUAAUUAAUCCUUAGAAUUUUCUGAAUUUUAUUCUUAAGAAUAUUUUCGUGAAUUCGGCCCCAGACUCUUGCACGUAUUUAUCACCUUAAGAGGUCCUAUUUAAUCUAUUCAAUCUUAUCAUUUGUUAACUUUACAUGCCAUGUUCAAUAAGUAUUUAUUGUUUGCUGUCUUUAUUGCAGGAUGUUUGUGCAAAAAGAAUUAGAAAGAAUUGGCAUGAGAUUUCAAAAACACUCCAUUCACAAUGUAAUUGUAUUGUCUUAUUUUUCGCUUUCAAUCUGCACACCAGAUUAUUUGCUAUGCUUAUUUGUUUUUGAAAAUUAGCAUAAUUUCAUAACUGCUAUAACCUGUGUUCUGUUUAGAAGUUAAUGAGUGUACACAAGUAUUUUAUGACUCAAAAUUAAUCUGCAGCUCUGUUAUGUAAACAUUAAAAGUACAAAUGCUUGUCAGCUUGGAGUAAUUUAUGUUUUGUUAUGUUUUCUUGUCACACAUCUGCUUUGCUGAAAUAAGAAUGGCUCUGAUCUAGUGUGACACAGGAUGCUUGUUGUGUGGUUUUCCUGUAAACGGAUGAGAACUGAGAGCAGUGAUGCACAACCAUGUGAUAAAUCAUGAGAUGAUGCAUGUGUGUUGUUUUACAUUCAUUUUGUCAGUGCCUCUCUCUGAAACAUAACAUAAUACCUUACAUUUGAAAAGAUCAAAAGUGUCAAAAAUGUCUUACACUAGAAAUCAAAACAACUUUUGGGUUUUGGUAGACUAACUGAACUGUGUUCAGAUGCCAGUGCAUGUUCAGUGCCUAUCAUCAUUGUGCUUAAGAGCCUUACAAUUUUUUCAAAUGAUUUGUAGUCCAUAGUUUUUAUUAGCAUGUUAAAGCUUAAAAAAUAAAAUACAUUUCAAUCUUAUUCAGGCACAGCUCGGAUUUGCUAUUGUUUCUGACCAAUGAUAAUCAAACCAACUCAGUGACGUUAAGCAGGAAACCAUCUUGUUGUUUGAGUCUUUCAAAAUUCUUCUUUUUGAAUAGAGAGAAGCUAAAAAGCAUCCUCAAAAUAUGACAUAAAACAUCUCAACUGAUUGGUUUAGGUCAAUAUUUUUUCAUUAAAGGUCAGAAUAAAAAGAAGAUACUAAAAUCAAUUAACUCACAAGGAUUUAUAUAUAAGAUAUUAGAUAGUUCACCCAAAAUGAAAAUGAUGUCAUCAUUUACUCAACCUCAUGUUCUUCCAAAUCCGUUUCUUAUGUUAGCAUCAGUCCCCAUUCACUUUCAUUAUAUGGAAAACAGAGCAGCAUCAACAUUCUUACAAAUAUCUUCUCUUGUGUUCCAUGGAAAAAAGACUUAUGAAAAAUAUGAGUGUGAGUAAAUUACUUUUUAUGUCUGGGUCAACUAACCCUUUAAGUAUUUCUUGUGGUGGCAGUCAAAGAGAUUAAGUAAGACUCUGUCUUGAGACAUUGAUCAUUUACAGUAUUUGUUUUUCACUAACAAACACUAAGGAGUCAGAUAGAAAGGUUGAAUGUUUAGUGUUUCAUAAGAAUUAAAAUGACAGCCAAUAAAAUGCUUAACAUGUUUUAGUAAAAUACAGUGACACACAAGGGGCAUGAAACACUCUCCAAUGAACAAGACUGGGGAAACAGCCACAAACAACACAAUCAGGAACAUAACCAUCAACAUUAAAACCAUACAUAUACAUAGACAAAAACAAAAACAAAACAAAAAAUGCACUUACCCA